CUAUUAGGGCUGUGCAAAACGGCACCAUUCCAUUUUGACUUGUAUUUUGACAUUUUGAUGGAACAGCAUUUCAAAUUUCAUUUCGAUUCGAAAUUACUGUUGCGUUUCGUUUAGUUGAAACAGUUUUGCUGUUUCAAUGCUGUUUCAACAUUUCGCCCAUAGGCUAUAAUGGGGAAGCUCGAAACAGCCUAUAACUUUGUCAUUUCUGGCCUGAUUUGAAUGAAACUUGCAGAAAUGGUAGCCCCUUCUGAGGCCAUGAAGCCUGCCAAGGUGCAGGGGUUUCAGGAAAACUGCACCUAAAAGUCUUGAAAGCAAAAAACUCAUGUCAUGUGUACGUGUUAAACCACAGUGGGGUCUAAACUGCAGGCAUGCUAGCCCCUGCUGAGGCCACAAAGCCUGCCAAGUUUCAAGGAGGUAGGUGCAGGGGUUUCGGGGAAACUGCACCUCAAGCUGCUGACAAGUAAAACUCUUGACAUGGGUGAUACUGUGUAUGUAAGGUGCAUCAGGGUGACAGCUGCAGGCCUGCUAGCCCCUGCUGUGGCUGUGAAGCCUGCCAGCUGUCAAGGAGAUCGGUGCAGGGGUUCUGGGUUCUGGGGCCCUGCACCUCUGGCUGCUGACAUGGGUGCUUGUGGGACUGUGUCUUUCUUGGGGCAGAGGGGGGUGAAAACUGCAGGCCUGCUGGGCCCUGCUGUGGCCACAAAGCCUGCCAGCUGUCAAGGACAUAAGUGCAGGGGGAGUCUGGGCUCUGGGGCCCUGCACUUCUAGCUCCUGACAGGCAAAACUCAUGACAUGGGUGGGUGACACUGUGUGUGUUUUAAGGUGUGCCCUCACUCAGCUGACACCAAGGCAGAAGACAGUUCAAACAAUGCUGCCUUCUUUGCAGUUUUUCCAUCCCUCCCCCAGAGCACUGGGAUUAGAAGGGACCUCAGAGAAGGAUGACAGUCACUGGCCAGCUACAGUCAAUAAUGAGAGCACUCCUUCCCCACCCUUCCCCCUUCUUCCCCCUCCCUCUCCUUACUUCAGUUUCUGUUUCCCUGCAGGUGAAACUCUAAACAUUUAGAAAAUUUCAAAACAUUUUGACUUGCCUCGUUUCAUUUUGAGGCUGUUUCAAAGCUCUCUGUUUUGUUUUGAUGUUGCUGUUUCGAGCUCCAAACGAGUUGAAACAGUGCCAAAAUGAAACUGCCGGUGAAAUUUCAUGCAGCCCUAGUAGCUAUAGGGAUCCUAUUUCCCUGUAUCUUGUGCUCCCAGUUCACACAGGAAAUGAUGUAUAAUGUCAAAAGUGGCAUUUAAGAGCUCAGAGGGGCUGACACCAAUGAUUCAGUGCUGUGCAUUUGUUCAAGGUAUCCUGGUUGGUUUCAGGUAAACGUUGCCUCAGGCUGACACCGAAUAGGAGCCCUUACACACUGUCACCCAAUGCCUCAGCUGCUUGGGAAAGCCAAAGUAGACCAUUGCUUGUUAUAACCCAUCUCUGUUUGAAGCAGCUAGGGAAAUAAGAAGAGGAGAAAGAGUAAUGGAUCUGAUGGUACCCCAGAAUGGCAAGUAUCCACUUUCCAGGUAGAAACUGUGCUGCCAGUGAUCGGUAGCUCAGAGCUUAGACAAAUCUAACAAACACUUAAACUGUGAGGCAGGAAAAGACUGUAACUAUCUUGGAGAGUCAUAAUGUAUUAGAUGUUUUCCCAGCAACUGUCUGAAGCACACCAGCAGGUGAUGGCACAAGCUGGUUACAGUCAUCAGGGCAUCAAUGUAAAAGAUAAGUCUUUGCUGGGGAAGGGAGAGCUAGUUAAUGAGUAAUACCAGGAAGUAACAAAGGUUUGAAAAAAACAGCACAGCUUCUGCCUUCAGAAAAGGUCAAAAAUUUAGUUCUCCAGCCCAAAUAGACUUGCCCCUUUCCAACGAGGACAUCAUGACAAGCAAGAGCAGGGAGGAUGCACAACACCCCCCUUCCAGAUGUCCAGAUAACAGCGCAUUCAAACAACAGAAACUGUCAGCCUGGCAGCCCGAACUUACACCUGCGUCUGUCCUCUCUGGCUUCAUUCUCAUCGGUGUAUUCUGCCUCACCAUGGGAGUCUGCCUCAUCUUGUCUGCAAGGAGCGUCAAAGAAGUCCAGAUUAAUUAUUCAGACAAAUGCCUGAAUUGUUCAAAACUGCGUGAAAAUUCCUCUAAUUGGAAUACUGAAUGCCUCUGCUCUGCUGACUUCAAAUUAGAGGAAAAAAUACAGGGUGAUGUUUUUAUGUACUACGGCCUGCAAAACUUUUAUCAGAACCACCGUCGGUACGUCAUGUCCAGGAGCAACGCGCAAUUGCUGGGUCGAAAUACAGAUAUUCGUAACAGCAACUGUGCACCUUUCUCAACCUAUCGUAAUGGAACUCCCAUGGCUCCAUGCGGUGCUAUCGCCAACAGCAUGUUCAAUGAUACAAUUUCUCUUUUUUACUAUACUAAUUUAUCCACUGCUAUCCAAGUCCCACUACUAAAGACUGGAAAUAGUUGGUGGACAGAUAAAUAUGUGAAGUUUCACAAUCCAACAUCGCACAACCUCACUUCUGCAUUUGCAGGGACAGCAAGGCCUCCCUAUUGGCAGAAACCAGCCUAUUUAUUGGAUGAGGAGAAUGAAAGGAAUAAUGGUUACAUCAAUGAUGACUUUAUCAUCUGGAUGCGGGUGUCAGCUUUCCACACUUUCAGAAACCUCCACCGUCGCCUCAGCCGCACCAAGCAGUUUGCUGAUGGUCUCCCAGCAGGGAAUUACACCUUUCGCAUUUUCUACAAUUUCCCUGUUUCCAGGUUCAAAGGGAAGAAAUACCUGAUUCUCUCAACUGUGGUGUGGUGUGGGGGAAGCAGCCUCUUCCUGGGAAUUGCCUAUAUGGUUUCUGGUGCAGUGGUAAUGCUGGCAGGUUUUAUCAUAACUGCCAUUCAUUUAAAGCUCAAAAAAAGGAAAACUUACUUUCAGAGAUAACUAGACAAUAUAACUCUUUGGAACAAAAUAAAGGCACUCCUCUGAAAAGAGGACAGAGAAGCAUGGACCUUUCACACAUUCCUCCUCCCUGUAGAAUCAUUUCAAACACAGAAGAAGUGGUGAACAUACAGAAGUCCCGAGCAUCAUGAUGUUCUUCCAUAACACAAAAUAACCACAAGUUCAUUAGGUGACUCCAGAUGAAUGACCCCAAAUGUCAGUCUUCUACUAAGAACCAAUCUUCAGGAUUUGAGAGGCGCAUCAGUGCUGUACUUAUUUGGAAUCAUGAACUCCAGUGCAUUCAUAGAGAAGUGAGACUGGAAGGGGCCUCAAGAGAUCAUCUGAGUGAUUACUGAGUACAAAUGCAGGGCCAAAACUCAGGUCCUCAGAUUUUGCUGAAUCUGUAAUCAGGCAAAACUCCCACUGAUUCAGUCAGUAGCAUAACUGAGGGCAGGGGGAACUGGGGCAGCAGCCUGGAUGCCAUCUUUGUGGGGUGGGGGAGGCAAGAGGUGGGGACUGCUGCAAUUUGCAUAGCAGGAGCUGGUGCUGCCCCAUGAGUUGGUAGCUGCUCCAGCUGUGGACCUCUCUGUGUGAAGCAAUACUCUAUGUGAAGUAAUACUUGUAGUGAAGCUUAGGCUUCUAAGGCCAGAUCCAUAUGUGCAGGCACAUGAGAUUUGUCGCCGCAAACCUCUUUGCAGCGCCACAAACUGCAUGUGUUGCAUAUUAAACCAUGCAUGGCUGCCUGCUCACUGGGCUGCCUGCUUUCCUGUCUUGAGGCACACUGCUCCCCAGGCAGUUGCUCCGUGGCUCGCUGGAGCACAGCAUGCCAUAGCACAGGGUUUCACAGCAGAGCCCCUGCACUGAGGCAUGCAAAGUCAGGGGAUCAGCCAGCCCAGGGCUGCCUGUUCCCCUAUCUCAAGGUACACUGUGCCUCAGCCAGCCGGGGAGCAGCUGGAUAGGAUGCCAGGUGCCUCAACGCACAGGCUGCCCCAUCUCCAUGUGCUAUUCCCUGGCUGGCUAGGCCACAGGGUGCUUCAGGAUGGGGGCUGCCUGCUGGCUAGCCCUGCAUUGAGGCAACCUGUGCCCCAGCCAGGCCCCCUGCAGUACAUGGAGCAGCAGGACAUUGUGUCCUGCUGCAAACCAUGCGAGCAGGGGCGUGCACUGCAGCAUAAAGUAGCAGCAGCAAUUUGUGCUGCUACUAUUUGUUCUGCAAACGCAUGCCCCUGCUCAUCUGGACGCUACCUAUGUGUCUAAAUCACUGUUAGAAAUGGGACUUAGGAUUCUAAAUCUUUAAGGCACUUUUGAAAAUGUUACCCUCUGUGACUCGGUUGAAGUUACUGAGGCAACAACCUGUGCCAGCGCUGGGAUUAGAACUCAGAAAUUCUGGCUUCCUGCCCUGUGUUCAGACAGACCAGAGGACUGUUUUUUGCUCAAAACAGAGUUUCAGGAGCUGCUAUGCAUUAUAGGUGUAUUAGCCACAGAACAUUUGUCACUGGUUUUAUUUCAUCAUUCAGAGUCUGGUAAAAAUGUUAGGUAGGAAAAGAAUAAACAAUAAUCUAUAUUUCAGUGUGGGGGGAGUACACCCAAAUUAAAAAAAAAUGCUUAUUUAGAAAACCCAUUUAGCCGAGCAAGCAAUGCUUACAAUAUACCCAUUAUUAUCCUUCAACUGUUCAUGGAAGUAGGUUGCCUGUAGUCUUAACAUUUAUGAAGUCUUCAAACCCCGAAGAGGGAAAUACUAUCAUAUAAUGAAUCUUCUUCCUUCUGUUACGCUGCUGUUUAGGUCUUGCCUCAGAAAGCAAAAGCACAUUUUCUUUUCUUUUACUAUGGGUGUAUCAUUCUUUUAAUUCUUAUCAUGGCCUCUGAAUAAUCUCCUUGGAAUAACCCACUGGAACUGGGAGGUUACUGGUUUUGAAUCCUAGUGACUCAGUGAGCACGUCUACAUGUGCAAUUAAUGUGGAGCAAUAAACUCCAGGGUUUAGUGCUCCAGAGUUUAUUGCUCCUGGGCAUUCCAUUUGAACAUGAGCUGGGUUGGCGCAAACGCAGCUGGCAGGGGACCUGGGGGAGGGUCAGCCUGUCCGCCCAGGGCUGCUCCUGCUCAGCUCAACAAGCUGUGGAGGGGAUGGCUGAGGCUUGAGGGUGCUUCAGUGUGGGGCCAGCAAACAGCCCCUGCACUGAAGCACCCAUAUGCCUCAGUCAGCUUCUGCAUGUGUGGUGGUGCUGCAGUUGCAAGUACUACUGUGCAGUGGAGUUAAUUAGUUUUCUGGGUCCCAAUAGGGCUGCACAUGUAGAUGCCAAGAUGUUUACUGCAGAGCUAAUUAGGUAGCUCUGCAGUAAACAUCUUGUGUAGAUGCUUCCGGUUACAUCUUUUGAGUCAUUUCACAUGGUAUCCCUAACCCAAAAUGAUGGGAGUAAAGGGAUGAGGGGAUUGCCAGAAUAUUGCCACUCUUACAGAGUAUUAUCUAAGCUUCUUUGAAGAGGAAGGAAAGUGUCUGAGGUGAGGCAGGUCUCUGGUGGUCUUCCACACUGCCUACAUUGAGGCAGGACUCCUGUGACAAGAUUGGAGGCUUGUAGGAUGCCAUUAUACUGUUUCAAGCAUUAUAGCUGGCUGAAAGGUGGGCUGGAAAAGAGGUGAGGAUCUUGCAGGUUGGCUGGCACUCUGGCACAGUAAAAAAAGCUGUACAGAUGACUGUGAACUCAAAUUGGGGUCGUUAUCAAGGAAUUAACUCAUAGAACAUUCUGGGUGUUAAUCAUGGUGGGAGUUAUCAAGUUGGACUAAGCACAAAAUGGGACUGAUCCAAAAAGGAAACUGACUCAUGAUUCUGAACCCACUCAGACUGGUUUGUAACAAACCAUUUAACAAAACCUAGGUGAGACACAAACAUUUCUGUGUUUUCAGACCCCUAAACCAGUCAUGGGGAGCAAAGCUGUGAAAACACCACAGUAGUCAUAAUCUCAUUGAGGUUCAGGGACCUAAGAGUUCACUUUGUAUUGCCUUUUUUCAGCAAAUUGGUAGCCUGAGAAUUACUGCCAUUCUCAUGCCAUAAGGUAGCAUAUGUGUUUUACGGAAAAGCAUCCUGAUAGGUAAAAAUUGGAGAUUACAAUUUUAUUGAGCUUACAUAUCAGGAAUACUGAAGAGUAGAUGACUUAUUUCCUAUGUCGUUAUUUAUGUAGGCUUGUCUUUGGCAAAGCAAGAUUGAAGUUUAAGAAUGCUAAUGAAAGCAGGCCUUCACACCCACCACAGUAAGACCAAUCCAAUAGCACUACUGUGGUAAAGUCUAAGAGAAUUAUUGCUGGUAUUUGCAGUAUUAGAAACUGCAAAAUGAUGAAGUUGUUUGUGUUUCAACUCUCUCUUAAGGAUGCUAUUACCCUAAUAAAUCAUGCAAUACUCCAGAAUGCUCCCAUUCAUUCUUGCUUGCAAAGGAAAAAACUGGAGCCAUCACCACUAAUGCUUUAUAACCUCAUCUUGCAGCCUUCCACUAUAGCCAGCACUGAGAAGCAGACAGAUCCAGGUAUUUUUAUUAUGUGCAAAAAAACCCUAACCUCCCCCCCCCCCCCCCCAAACAAACCCCAAAACCCCAAAACCAAACCAAACCCGUAGGAAGUUAUGUGCCAGGAGCUGAGCGCAAGAGUGUGUUUGUCUUGCCACAGUUGAUGUCAUCAUAUGUGCUUAAAGUAGUGCAGAGGAUGCAGUUUUCUUGUCAUCAGCUAUUUAUGGACCAGGUAAAUACAGGAAUGAAAUUAUUUUUAAAGCAGUCUUAUUCAUUUGAAUAUUUGGGGUCAAUAAAAUAAUUGGAGGGGUGGAUAAUUGAAGGAAUUACUGAAUAAAUUCAUACCAGUGGACAUAAUCAAGGCUCAAGUGAGGGAAUUUGGACUAAAGCAGCUGAAGUAAAUAGGAUUUUGUUUGUUUUGUAUUUUGUUUUCUGUGUUUUAAUGAAUAUACUUGUAGUUUUGAUGGGUGCUAUUAAAUUGAAUUAAUAAAGUCAUUGUUGACCUUGAAGGCUAUGUAGCUCACCUUUAACAUUACUCCCAGGGAAAAGAAUUCCACUAAAAAUAAAAAAUAAAAAUCCUA